AUGCUGCGAAGGUCGACCAGGAAUGUAAAUACUGCCGCUGCAACUGUAGCAGCCGCUGCUACUAACAAGAAGAAUGGGCCGUCAGCGAACACAGUACGUAAACCUCGCCCAAAGCAGACACCAAGAUAUAUAUCAAACGCCUCGACAGCUUGUUCUAAAACAGACGAAGGAAGUUCUAAUAGCGGUGCUGAUCGCUCGAGUGAUAGCGAUGUUGCUGUACAAUCUGCUACAGCACCCGCGCACACGUUGCGACAGGAAGGCGAGGCACUGCACCCAAUACACAGUAUGAAGGCUGGCAGAGGUAUCACCAAGGGCCAGCCACUCAAAGAGCUGCUGAACUAUCAGACAGUCGUUUUGAUUGGUAGAUCUAUUGCCUUAGGGUAUGAGAAAGUGGCGGCAACUUCCGUGCUAACCACAGUAUCAGCGACGGAUGUGGUAUCAGCACUCUCAGAGAAGUUGAUGUUGGGUGCAGACAGUACCAUGAACGCUACUAUGGCUAAAGGACGGGACAACAAGACCGACAUAGAAGCCAAUCAGAUCGAUGCUACCAGUCACGUGGGUAGUACUCUGUUGCCAGCCUAUACCUUUGACGAAACUCUCUUUGUGCAGAAAGCUACGAAGCAUCUCGAUACCCUCGGACUGACCGAGCGGUCCAAACAGAUAGGUACUGCGAUGCAGGAAUGCCUGCCUUCCCAUUUUACCCACGCCAAGCCUUUCUUCCUAGCCUCCUUAGGCCCUCUGGAGCCCUUUGAUGCGGGGCUAAAGACCCUCUUCUACAUGCCGCAUAGCCACUACCUACUGGCUAUGGGGCAACAGGACGAGUGCAUUGCUACCGUGGCCGAUCUGCUUGAGGCCAAUAUUGCCCUCACCCAGCGCUACACCGCAGAGUUCUCCAUUCGAUCGCUUAUCAACCGAGAUCAGACCACAGUGCUGACAGUCAUGGCAGACGAGUGGGUAAUCAGUCCGUCCGUGAAUAUCCGAAGACUCGUCAGUGAGGGUACAAGGCCCCGAUUGCCCUGGGGCGUGCACCUGACCCAGUUUAAAAAGGACCCGAGUCCGGUUAUUCCACUGCUGAACAUGCUUAAAUGGGACACAGACCUGUAUGUACGGAGAUCGGUGGCGAAUCAUGUGGGUGAUAUACUAAAGGACAACGCCAAGCUAGGGUAUCAGUUGCUCAGUGAGUGGGUGGGGGAGGCUCGGGAUGAAAGCGUACUCCAGCAACAGUUUGAACGCCGUCGAAUGGCCCAGUCGCCUGUUGAAAUGGGUGGCGAUGAGCCAGCCACUACAGCUGCACUAUCUCAGAGGAUACGAAAGAAUACCAGAGCCACCUCUAUCGAACUGCAGAGGAAAGACGGUCAGACUAAAACAAAGCGGAAGCAUGUAAUCACCAUGGCAACCUCUGAAGAGCUCGCGACGCUCCAAGAAGAGCUGUUCUGGGUGGUACGUCAUGCUGUGCGAAAUCCCGCCAAAUACGGCGACAGGAAUGCGCUCAAAUUGCGCGCGCAAGCCGCGUUGGUGUCACGGAAGAAGCGCAAACCCAAUGCCCAGACAGACGAUAUAUAAACAAAGUAGUAAACACUAUGAGAGAACGAUACGUAAAUCGAGUUGUAAUUUCGACGGACGAUGCAUAAACACGAAACAGGCGGUGAUUUGGACCGGCAAUACGGAAAUAAAGCCGUGAUUAAACUGA